AUGAAGGGCAACAAAGGAUCUGUUGGUGAUAAAGGACCUAAAGGUGGCAAGGGACCUGGUGGAAAUUCUCAACCUAAAGGACCUAAUGGCGAUAAAGGGCAAAGCGGCGAGAAAGGAAUGAAGGGCAACAAAGGACCUGAAGGUGGCAAGGGACCUGGUGGAAAUACAACUAAUGGCGAUAAAGGGCUAAGCGGCGAGAAAGGAAUGAAGGGCAACAAAGGACCUGUUGGUGAUAAAGGACCUAAAGGUGGCAAGGGACCUGGUGGAAAUUCUCAACCUAAAGGACCUAAUGGCGAUAAAGGGCUAAGCGGCGAGAAAGGAAUGAAGGGCAACGGAAAGGACCUGAAGGUGGCAAGGGACCGGGUGGAAAUUCUCAACCUAAAGGACCUAAUGGCGAUAAAGGGCUAA